AUGAGAGCUGCUUCCGCGGCAGUCGUCUGCACAGCACUGGCGCAGCUCGGCGCGGCAUCGACCUGUGGCGCGAAGGGCACGGACGACACCCCCUGGGCGUGGGGCAGCCAGCGCGUCUACGGGGGACAGGAGGCCACGAGCUGCGAGUGGCCGUGGCAGGUCUCCCUCCAGAGCUCCAGCGGGCACUUCUGUGGAGGGACGCUCAUCGCACCGAACUGGGUCUUGACGGCCGCCCACUGCUUCCCUCGUUCUUCGUUCUGGGUCGUCGCAGGCCUUCACAGCCAGUCCCAAACGGACACGGUGGGAGUGCGACUGGAGGUUCAGUACGUGCACACUCACCCAAACUACGUCAACUGGGACCAGGGCUACGAUUACGUCCUCUUGGAGUUGGCCGAUGCGGCGCCCUUGAACGACUGUAUCGGCCUUGCGUGCUUGCCGACGGAGGACAUCGGUGCCGGUGAAGAGUGCUUCGCCACUGGGUGGGGAAUGGUCGACGGAGGGAGCGUCCCUGACUUGUUGCAGGAGGGUGGGGUAACAACAUGGACCAACACAGAUUGCCAGGCUCAAUGGGGCCUGUCAGGGAUGACGAUCACCGAUGACAUGCUUUGCGCACAGGGCUCCAACGGUGGGUUGGUAACCGACAUAUGUCAGGGGGACAGCGGAGGGCCGAUUGUCUGCGCUUCAGGCGGCAGCUACUUCCUUCAUGGCGUUGUGUCGUGGGGAGCUGCUUCAUGCGGCGUGCAGAAUUUCCCUGGAGUUUGGAGCAGGUUCACCUAUGCAAGCGACUGGAUGGCUGGGUUGAUGGGAGAUUGGACGGUGCCCCCGACGCCAUCGCCCGCACCGACAGCUACGCCGACAGCAACACCGACCGCACUCCCAACAGCAGCACCGACAGUUGCGCCUACUGCGGCACCAACGACGGCGCCGACCGCUUCCCCAUCAUCAGCACCCACAAGUGUGCCGACUGUAGCAGCAGCACCAACGGAGGCGCCGUCCGCUUCCCCAACAGCAGCACCGACAGUUGCGCCGACUGCAGCACCAACGGUGGCGCCGACUUCGCCGCCACCGUCGCCAGCGCCGCUGUGCGGCGAAAAGGGUCCCGACAACACUCCUUGGGAGACGCAACGCGGUCAGCGCAUUGUUGCAGGGCAAGCCACCACGCCGUGCGAGUGGAAGUGGCAAGUGUCCCUCGCGGCCUCUUGGGGGCACUUCUGUGGAGGAACACUCAUCGCCCCGAACUGGGUCCUGACAGCUGCUCACUGCGUGGGUUGGCAUAGCUUCUCCUUCGUAGCGCUAUCGCAAAUGGUCGACAGACCAGGGUCAGGAGACAUUGCAGGUGAAACAAGUGUUCUCGCAUCCAGAUUAUGA